AUGUCUCUGUUCGUUCUUGCAGAGACGCCGGCAGGCUAUGGCCUGUUCAAGGCUGCCGACAAGAAGUUGUUGAAGAACAAUGAUCUCGCCGAAGAUUUCGCACACCCGGAGAAGUUGGUUGAGAUGUUGAAGCUCAAAAAGUUCGUCAAGUUCGAAAGCGCGGCUGUCGCACUCGAAGAGGCUGCCUCCCUGAAGGAGGGAAAGGUUCCCGAGCUGCUCUCGUCGCUCCUCGAGGAUCUCAAGGCCGAGAAGAAGGCUUCCCUCGCUGUCGCCGACAUGAAGCUGGGUAGUUCCAUCUCGAACCUCGCCGACUCAAAGCUCACGGCCGUCUCUGGAAGCGAUACAAUGGAUCUUUUCCGUGGUAUUCGUGAACACCUUUCAUCUCUGAUUCCUGGCCUUGUGCCCGAGAAUGUCGAUCGCAUGGCUCUCGGUCUCUCCCACUCCAUGUCCCGUCACAAGCUCAAGUUCUCCGCAGACAAGGUUGAUUCGAUGAUCAUCCAAGCCAUCAAAAUGCUCGACGACCUUGACAAGGAACUUAAUGUGUACGCUAUGCGAACCAAGGAAUGGUACGGCUGGCACUUCCCAGAAUUGGCCAAGACUUUGAAUGACAACGUCGCUUACGCACGUGUCGUCCUGGCCGCCGGCAUGAGGACCAACAUCGUCGAUACUGAUCUGUCCGAGAUCCUUCCUGAAGAACUCGAGGAGGCUGUCAAGGCCAGAGCUGAGAUGAGCAUGGGUACGGAUAUCACCGAGAAGGAUCUCGACAACAUCAAGUCCCUCGCCAACCAGGUUAUUCUCUACACCAACUACCGUGCCGAGCUUUCUUCUUACCUCGAGAGCCGCAUGCGGGCCAUUGCCCCCAACCUGACUGCGCUCGUCGGCGUCCUUGUCGGCGCCCGUCUGAUCGCCCAUGCCGGUUCUCUUAUCAGCCUUGCCAAGUCCCCCGGUUCUACCAUCCAGAUUCUCGGUGCCGAGAAGGCACUGUUCCGUGCCCUCAAGACCAAGCACGACACACCCAAGUAUGGUAUCAUCUACCACUCAUCUCUUAUCGGCCAGGCCACCGGCCGCAACAAGGGAAAGAUUGCCCGUAUGCUUUCUGCCAAGGCUGCUCUUGGACUGCGUGUCGACGCUCUUGACGAGGAGCUGGACGAGAAGGAUGACGAGGAGAAGGCCAUUCUCGGUCUCACCAGCCGUAUCAAGCUUGAGAACCACCUUCGCAAAUUGGAGGGCAAGGCACCUUUGCCCAAGGGUACCAACGUUGCCCCUACUGGCGAGAUCAUCACCGCUGGCCAGUUCACGCUCAAGGAGACUCGCCGAUACAACGCCGAUGCUGAUGGUGUUGCCGAUGACGAGGAAGUCAACGGGGCGACCACCAAGAAGAGCAAGAAGUCCAAGGUCCAGGAGAAGGAAGAUGUUGAGAUGGAAGAUGCCGAGGACAGUGACGAUGAGGCCACAAAGACCCCUGCCAAGGGCAAGAAGCUGUCCGAGGCCGACUAUGAGCGUCUUGCCGAGGCCGCCGGACUUUCUGUGAAGAAGUUCAAGCGCAAGUACGAGCGAGGUGAUGUCGAACUGAACGAAGACGGAACCCCCAAGGUUUUCAGCAAAAAGGAGCUGAAGAAGCUCCGCAAGGCAGAGGAGAGCACACCAUCCAAGACCCAGCCUACACCCGAUGGCAAGAAGAAGCGCAAGCACGACGAGGAGGCUGAGGAGGCAGAUGCCAAGAAGGAGAAGAAGCAGAAGAAGAAGAAGCGCCACUCUACCGAGGCAUAG